GACAGGUGACUGUUCGUUAAACCGAUUUUUUACAUUAUUUUUAUGACGCACUGUCAAAAAUGUGAAUAGAAUAUAAAUAACAUAUAUUCCUAGUUUUUCAAAGGUGCAACAUUUUCACUUCCACAAUUCGAAUAUUACAGAGUAACCCAAGAUGCCAUUCAAGUUGAAACUGAAGAAAUCAAGGCACUACAGUGUAGCCUCCAAGUCACUCUUUGUAAUAUCUGUGGAAAUGCUGGAUGGCACUAACGUUGAAUGCACGUUAUCAUCAGAAAGUACCGGACAAGACUGCCUUGAUGUUGUAUGUCAAAAGUUAGGACUUAACCAACCAAAUUUCUUUGGUUUACAAUAUUCGAGUAGAAAUUCAGACAAUGCUUUCUACUGGGUAGAAUUAGAUCGCCCCAUUAAACGACAACUUGACAAAUACGCCAGAAAUCUAUAUGUUUAUCUCAGAGUGAUGUAUUACAUUAUUUCAGGCGUUCGUCUAAUUAAUGACGAAGUGACAAGGUAUCAUUACUUCCUUCAAUUAAAAAUGGACGUUAUUGAUGGGCGCAUUUCAUGCACCCCUCAGCAAGCAAUAGAACUCGCCAGCUUUUCAAUGCAAGCAGAAUUUGGCAAUUUUGAUUCAGAAAGACACACUGCUCAUUAUCUUAAAGACUUCCAGUUAUUUCCAAGGAGUUUUACAGAUUCCGCACUGUUAGAAUCUCUCACUGAUGCAGCUAGUCGACAACAUGCAGCUCUACACAAUUUACCGCAAGGCACAGCAGAAGAAUAUUAUAUUUGUGCUUGUCAGCAGUUGGAUGGUUAUGGUCAAGAGAUUUUUGCUGUUAAAGAUAGAUUAGGUGAUGAUGCGAUUAUUAGCGUUUCUUUGACAGAAGUUUCUGUGGGCUAUGCAGGAGAAAAGGAAGGGAGGCGUUAUGGGUGGGCCGACAUUAAAAACGUGAUCAAUCACAAACGCGAUUUUACGAUAGAAACCAUUGAUUCAGAAAAAGUCGAAUUUCAGUUUGCUGAUGUAGAAAGUGCUAAGAACGCUUGGAGGUUUUGCGUGUUACAACACACUUUUUAUAGACAGUAUGAAAUGAAUAAUGAUCAAACUGAUAAGGGACCUCUUGUUCCGCCUGUUUUCCAGCAAGCUCAGAUUGAGGAAAAACUGCGCCAAAUGGAUAGCUACGAGGACGUAACCGACCCAUCUCACCACUGGGAUCGUUCUGUAUCCGCUCAGAGUUUAAAACAGAGAGCUCAAUCAACUUCCUGUCUAGAUUUAAAUAAACCCACAAAUAUCGACCAUCUUAGAAGUCUUCUGCCGUCAUACCGUCCAGCCCCCGAUUACGAAACGGCCAUACAACAAAAGUACAGAAAUUCUUCCGGUGCCAUACCACCUCGAGAACCUAUCCGAAAUACUCACUCAAUACUCUACAGUUCCCAGCCGGAAAUCCAUCAAACUGAAACAUACUCUACACAUUUGCGUUACCCAGAUGUCACCCAUAACAACAUCGAACCAAAGAAUUUAUUAACGACGAUGUAUAAUGCCGGUUUCACACAAUCCCAGAUUUUACAAAGCGAAAAUCAACAUAAUUUUACAGAAAAUGUGGGCCUGCUGCAUUUGUAUAAACCACCACCACCGUAUCCUAGUAAUCGGAUAAGUUCGAAUUCUACACCGGAUUUACCCGGAAUUUCCCAACAGGCGAAGCCGACCCAUCAUUUUAUAAAUAGUAUAGUGAGCGGGUCUAGUCCUGAUCUGGUAUCAGGGAACUUGUAUUUGAAACACUAUGGACAACCCUUGUAUCCUAAUCAUCAAGCGCACCCAGUACAUAGGUCGCAUAGUUAUUUACCUCCUCAACAUGGAACGUACGAAAAUUUGUCGUCCAUUUUCAAUAAUAAUAUGCUAGGACGUCCUCAAGCUCUCAUAGUAGAAAAUCCAAAUAUAACUAAACAUAUUAAAAAAGUAUACGACGAACACGGUAACAUCAUUUAUUGUAUGCCUGCUAACAUGAAACAGAUCCUUCAGGAAAACCAGUUACCAAGCACCGGGUUUGUCGUUACCAGAAACCAAAACACGAUGGUAGCACAUGACCCCCAUCUAAAUAAUUCCACAGAGCCCAUUUACGAAAAUAUACCACUGCCAUGGCAGAACGAGAACGGGGAAAUGAGAGCACGUACCCAGAGCAUCCACUCAGCGCCAGAGAUAAGUCAGGUGGUUAACCACACUGUAGUGAAUGCUUUAGAGUCUCAAUUUCGACAAACACGAAUCAAUGAGAAUCACGGCAGCAAAGAAACGCUUUACGCUAAUAUCAACAGAAGUAAUUCAAGCGCGAAGUCCUCCAAAACUGAUUUAAAUGUUCAAGAUAUGUCGGAAUUAAGUAGGUCGAAUCAGAAUUUGAGCGAUUCGCCGGUGACCACAAGUUCGAAUAGUACUUUUAUAGUUAAUAAAAAUCCUGUGAUGAAUUCGACAAGUGUUAGUAGCGCGUUGUUUAAUGAGAGUGGGGCUACUAAUGAGUCUCUGGGGACUAGUUCGACGUCAAAUAGUUCUACUAAGUCAAAGAAGAAGAGAUGGGGAAUUUUGAUAGGGAGGAGUAAAUCGAAUGAAAAGGUGAAGAGCGCGACGUUGGGUAGAGAGAAAGAGAAGAAAGAGAAGAAUCAUACUAAUACGAAACAUAGGUGGUCCACAGGCCUUCCGAGGUUUAAUCCGCUGCCUCCGUCUAUCAGCAAGGAGACCAUGUGUCAGCUCCUAGAAAACAAAUUAGCCGACAGCCAACUUUUCUUCGAAUUUGAUAAAAUCCCAAAAAAGAAACAAAACGCCGAGUUUACAACAGCUUGCCAUCGGGAUAACGCGCAAUUCAAUCGAUUUAAAGACGUCCUUCCAUAUGAAGAUAACAGAUUAAGGCUUACACCAACAAAAACCAACAAAUAUGGAUACAUCAACGCGUCCCAUAUUACAGCUACAGUUGGCAGCAAACAAAGGUUUUACAUCGCAGCCCAAGGUCCCAAUCGUAUAACUUUACCCAAUUUUUGGCAAUCUGUGUGGGAGGCGGAAGUUUAUUUAAUAGUGCAACUAACGGAUAGCACGGAAGAUCUGCAUUACAUGCCAGAUUCUGGAGAGCGGUGUAUUGACAUAGGACAAGAAUAUCAAGUUUGGUGGGAAUUUUCGCAAAACUCCGGAACUUGUGUUACUAGUAAAGUGCGGCUGUGUCAUGUGACGUCUCGUAGAUAUAGGACGUUGUGGCAUAUGCACUAUACUGACUGGGGCGAUCAGGGAUGUCCGCACUCGGUUUCCCAUUUCUUAGGUUUUCUAGAAGAAAUGCAAUCUGUGCAUCAACAUUCAAUGGGUGAAAUACCACCUGGACACAAUAAAAACCCACCUAUUUUAGUUCACUGUACUGCAGGGGUUGGCAGAACUGGACUUACAAUUUUAAGUGAUCUUUUGUUAUACACUGUGGACCAUAAUCAAGAAGUAUGUAUACCGCGAGUUGUCGAACUUCUUCGCCACCAGAGAGCGUACAUGAUACAAACAAUAGCCCAAUAUAGAUUCGUUUAUUCACUUUUAAUACACUAUUUAAAACAAACACGGCUUAUAUAGCACUUUUUAUUUGAAUGAAAUUAAUUUGCUGUGUUCAGUGUUUUUGUAGGUUAAGUUGCAACUAAUGACCCAAAAAAAUCUAAUCGAGUUGGUAUUAAUUCCUUAACGUUUUUAUUAAUGUGUUUAAAAAGUUCAUCCCGCGUUAGAACUCAAAUAGUAUUUAUUAAAGUCUGAUUAAUUGUAAUAUUUACCAUUCUACAUUUUAUUUAUGUAAUUCAACAAAUUAUUUAUAUUGUCAUGAUAUUGUUUUUAAUCUACGUAAUUGUAUAUUUUGAUCUGUUAUUAUUGUCAAAUUUAAUAAUAUAAAG